AUGAAAUUUAUCUUUUCUUUUGUUUUAUUCUUUCUCUUCCUCAAUUGUUUAGCCACUGCGCAAACUCUGAUCCAAAAUUGUUGUAAGAAAUCUUCAACCAACUCCCCAGAUUUCAACUAUGACAUAUGUGUUCAAUAUCUUGAAAAAGAUCCACAAUGCAAAAAUGCAACUAAUCUCAAAGAAUUGGUCAUAGCGUUGACGAAGAACGCUGCAUCCAAAUCGGCUAAUUUAAAAAAGAUUGCUGAGGAGAUUCUCAAGGAUAAGAAACUUAAACGCGGUAUUGAGUCAAAUUUACGCGACUGUGUCGAGUUUUAUGAUGAUGCCAAUGAUUCUUUGAACAAUACUUUGACACUCGUCAAUUUGGGCAAAUAUAUGGACGCUGCUACUGCUUUGUCCACUGCAUUGGAUGGUAUGACCAGUUGUGAAGAUGGAUUCAAAGAAUCUGAUACGAAAUCUCCGAUUUCUAAAGAGGACAAUGUUUUGCGUCAACUAAUUUCUAUUGAUUUGAGUUUUGGGGUGAAUCUAAAAUAA